AUGGCGGACGCGAGCUUCUACACUCGCGCCCAAGAGCUGUUAACUGCCGCUUUGAAUAAAUCGCCAAAACCGCCGAUAAUCGUGGACGAUAUCCAUGUCACCGAACUAAAUCUCGGUUCUAUCCCGCCGGAGCUGGAGAUCUUGGAAAUCGGAGACUUGGCUGAGGAUCGCUUUCGAGGCAUCUUUAAGAUGUCUUAUACGGGCGAUGCCUUUCUGACCCUGAAAACCCGCGUCCAAGCAAAUCCGCUCAAUACCUAUCUUCUCACCCGACCGUCCUUUGCGACUCCCUUACCGGUCGCUGCAGCAACUCCGUUGACUAUUCCUCUUCAAAUCACCCUUUCCGACUUCAAACUUUCCGGCUUCGUCAUAUUAGUCUUUUCGAAGCAAAAAGGCAUUACAGUCGUCUUCCGAAAUGACCCCCUUGAAUCACUCAAAGUAUCAUCGACAUUCGAUUCGAUUCCCUUCGUGCGCGACUUUCUACAGCGAGAAAUAGAAGGCCAGCUUCGCGUUUUGUUCAUGGAUGAGUUGCCCGCCAUCAUCCAUCGGCUGUCUCUCCGAUUAUGGGUUCCAGAAUACCGGGCUGGAGAGGAAAUGGCGAACCGUGCCACCAACACCGCAGGUGAGGGGCCUGGCCAGGACCCCUUGGCGAGUCCUCCACAGGAUCCUGUAGAUGCUCAAGGCAACGCUUUGGAUGAAUCGGAGAUCGCUUCACUUUCCUUGGAUUCCUCGGUCGAGACGCACUCCUUGUUCUCACAGAAGAACCUGCUACGUCUGGCCGCACUUACGGACUCCCAGCGAACGCUAUCGCUGUUUACUCCGUCUAUUCAAGAAGUGGUUUACCGCGCAUGGACUUCGCCUUCUGAUGCGGGCGAAGUUUCGGGUGGCGUCAUGUCUCCCCUGAGCCCAGUACUUUCCCGGACCCAAUCCCAAGUCGGCGGGAUGUCGUCUUUCCAUGAUACAGCCAGCAUGGUGUCCUCACAGACUCGGUCUUCGACGAACACCCACACUUUCAGCAGCUACGGUCUGAGCUUGGGAGCCGGUCGUCACUCGAAAUCCAAUGCUCGCAGGCGGAAGAAGCGCGUGGUGGACCUGCGUCGUCCCAAGACUACUGAGGAUGCCGUCAGUGUGAGCGGCGAGAGCACUUAUACGGAGACUACCAGCGCACCGUCUAUCUGCUCUGCACCUUUGCCGGUGGUCAGCGAACAGACCGAUGACCCAGUGACUCCCCCGUUGUCUCCGGACAGUGAACUCCACCUUCCUACGGUUCCCGAACGACACCGCUUGAGUAUUUCCAGGCAGAUGCCCCGCCGCGAUAUUGCGACUGAAAUGUUGCGUGAGACCGGAGAGUCGUCGGCUCAGCCGGUCAACCAUUCGGCGGUUGAUGUUAACGCUACUCCGCGGGUGGCUGUACACCCCUACAUUGCUGCUCAACAUGAGAGCGAGAAGGAAGAAGCAAGCGCCCCACGCCAACUCCCUUCCAAGGCGCUUCCACUGUCCGAUGCCAAGCCGACAUCCAGCAUCGUUGACCAAGCGCUGGUUGAACGACUGGCCGGAGAAAUUGCUCGUCGCAUGCGGGAGGAGAAAUUGACUCCCGGCAAUUCGUGCAGUUCGUUCUGGGAUCGUCUCAGCCAUGAUGAUGCCCCCCCGGCGUAUGGUCAGUGA